ACUCAUAACAACAUGAUGCUGCUGCUCCUUCACAGCCUCGCCUCGGUCUGCAUUCGCUCAGUAUCAGCAGUUGCCACAGAGACAGUGCUGGGUGUGGCUGGACAGGUGGUGGAGCUGCCAUGUCGUUUGGAGGAGGCGAGGCAGAGGGGAGUGGAGGUGUGCUGGGGAAGGGGAAAGCCAUCGUUGUUUACCUGCCACAAUACCAUAAUAAACUUCGCAGGAGAUCAGGUGAAGUUCCAACAAUCCCACAGGUUCUCAGUGUCCUCUUCCACCUCAGCCCUUUCCAUUUCUAAGGCUCAGCUCUCAGAUACUGGUUUCUAUCACUGCAGGGUUCAGUUGCCUGGACUCUUCAACGACCAAACAUCUAUCGUCCACCUCAUGAUCAUCAACCCUCAUUCUGUGACCUCCAAACAUCUGGGUCCUUAUGAAGUGAAGAAGUUCAACAAAUCACAUGCAGUAACAAGUUUUAUCACAGAGGAAGGAGGAAGUGAUGUCGCAGGAAUUGUCGGCACAGAGCCAAUGGUAGCUAAGGUUAAGGCUUCUAUACAGGAGGAACCUGAGUACCCUCUGCAGACUUUUGUUGGAAGCACUUUGAGGCUGGCCUUCAUCAUCUUCAUCCCUCUUGUGCUGCUGGCUGCUGCUUACAGAGUUCGGAGAGCCAAUCAGAGAGAAGAGAAAGAAAGAAGGUCAGGCCAUUCAGAGGAGGAGAGCAGCUCUGUUUGAACACGAAGAAAAAUAAACAUCAAAGAUCACAAUGAUCCCUGAUACUCAUUGGAGUGUCAUAUAACCAUUUUUUUCUCUUUACUCUACCACAAAAAUGUCACCUGUCGCGGAGUAUACAAAAUUAAAAGACUGCCAGAUUAUUAUGUUUUCAUCCUAAUUUUUGAAGUUAUUUUAUAACAGGUUUCAGACAUAUUUCAAGGUUCUAGGCGAGGUUUUCAGUUUCAGUCCUCUACCCAACUUUUGUUUUGUUAUUUCAAAACCAUCUAAUUCA